GAAUCGAACAUAAACAGUAAGGACGCUUAAUCUUUUGUGUUAAUAAUAGUUCGCUACUUUGAAGGGAGAUUGGACGGGGAGAUUUCGCUUGGGCUUGCUGUCGUGAUGUGAAUAGGCAUUGUUUCAGCGCGGGUCUAAUUGAGAUUAGAUUAAGAUUAGAGAUCAAUCUAUUGGCAACUCACUUUAAACGAUAGUCGCACAAUGAAUGAUUGCUUUCUUUAGUGCAGAUGGCAGUACGUAAAGCCUACCGUGUCGCACUCACGUAUAACCUCUGCCAUAACCCAUUCUGUUUGUCCAUGCGCUAUUUUUAGGAAGUUUUUCUUCUGAAGAGCUUUAACCAUUGAAUCAUCUGUGUAGAGAUGGAAAUCGGAAGGGAUUUAAUGAUUCCGAUGCAGUCUGGUUAUGCAUAAUUCCACUAACGAGUUUGUUUGCACUUUUGAGGAAGAAAUGUUUGGAAACAAGAAAUUCUUGUUGUAGAUUCUGCACUCGGCAGUCUGUUGCUGAUGAGGUCGAGGAAAUCAUUUCAGAUUUUUAACACGUAGGUUAUUCUGCUGCAAAACACAAAUGAAGUCAGCACACUUCUGGCAAAUGGUGUGUUUACAUAGACUUUUAAUGAGUUUUCACACACUUUUUAAGAGGUGGCAAUCCAGUAGCCUAAUUGACUGUGUAUUUUACACUAAAAACUGGUGUAACAAUUGAUUGUUUAAUUUCUUUAUAUAAAAUACUAUGAUCGCAGCUUUAAGUAUUUGCGGUUUCAGUAAAACAGAUUAAAGUGCCUUUGAUUCACUAAAAAGAACCGACUCAUAAGACUCGUACUUGUUUUUGAUUCACUACAAAGAACCGGUUCACAAUAGAGUCGUUCGCUCGGAAUUCGGGCUACAGUGGUUGCGUUAUAUGUUUUUGAUUCAUUAUAAAGAACCGGUUCAUAAAAGAAUCAUUCAUUCGGGAUUCGGGCUAUGCUGGCUGCUGUUUGUUUUGCGCUGUACAUUCAGUAGCAAUGUUGGCAUUAACAGCAACUAAUACAGUCAGACCAGCGGUGUUUUGUUCAGAAAUCGACUGUCGCGAAAACCAUGUGUUCAAUGGAACCUGUUCUUUAGAAUUGGUUCUCAUUUCCCAAUUCUAUUCCCAGCUGUAAAUGUAUAAAGCUCUUGAGCUGGCAUGCAAAAAUAUCGUGUGUAUUUUAACUUUUUAGGCGUCUUUGACGCCAAAUCUUUAAUGUGUUCUUGACUUUUAGAUCUACAAUGUAGAUAUAAUGAAUGGCAUAUUUUAUUCACUCUUUACUCUUGUUAAUUAAACAACAGCCACGUCAUGCAUUUUAUAUCGUGUACAAAUGAUGUAUUGUUCUAAAUCGUUAUUAUUCUAACUAUAACCCCAAAACUCAUCCCGGCUGAGGGAAACAGCUGUACAUUUAAAUAAUAAACUUGUUGAUGCAGAGCAACACAUGAUCCAUCACCGAAACCCAAUUAUUUUAGAUGGAAAAAACAUGCCAGGCAAUUAGCAUUAAAUUAGGUUAUCAGCUAUCUUCCAUCAUCCUAUUGAUUUUUUUUUUUCGACAUGAUUACUUUAAACAUUAUCUGUUAUUAGAGUUUUUCCCGGGUUUUUUUUUUGGUAGCCUACAAUACACAAUAGCGAUCAGUGGCUUCGGAUUGUCUUAAAUCUAAACCCCAGUGUUACUUUGAGAGCUAUUACAGUCUAGGGCGGGGCUUUGGUGCUUUACUUUUUUUGUUUUGUUCAGUUUUUUUUCCUCCCCUCUCCCUGAAAGCUUGUCGGAUGCUUGUCAGUUCGCAUUUAGCUUACCAUUAUCAAGGCUCAAAGCCUUUAGAGGACGACGGACUGCGAUUUACAGGGAAUUUUUGGAUAACGGUCCUGUUGUAUUGGGAUCUUAACUAUACGGAGAUAAGGAAUAUGUGAAUGAAGCAAAUGAAAAGCAGCAGAGGAUGUUCGUGCUUCCUAAAGAAUGUGCAUGACUGAUCUUCCACAUGAGGACACUUAAUAAAUAAAAACAUAUGGUGACCAGAAUGAAGCAAACCCUCAGCUUGUAAAAUGAUUCAUAGGAGAAAAAACUCCAGGCGUAUUCCAGACAAAAGCAACACUGUCAAGACAGAAUUACCAACAAUGACACAUUUGACAAAGAGAACUUUUACCCAGACCGAAUGACUACAGGCGAGACAGACUUAAUAGGAUCUAAUAAUUUGGACAACAGAUAGCAGCAUAGUGGAAUAUUCAAGCCUUGAGAUGGAGGUGGAACGACCGGAUGUUGUAGAGGAAGAGUCCUUCUCCAAGGGUGGCCAGGACAACCCUGAUGUCAAGAAGAGCAGGGGUCACACUUGUGAACUCUGUGGAAGAAGUUUUCCUUUUCUCAGCUCCUUGUCCCAGCACAUGAGAAAGCACACUGGGGAGAAACCAUACAAGUGUCCUCACUGUGAGCACCGCUCUGCCCAGAAGGGUAGCUUGAAGGCUCACAUUCGCAGCCACAAACUGGACGGCCUCAGCCAGAGCACCGGCGGUGAGGAGGAAGACGUGGAUGAGGAAGGGGAAAAGGAAGGAGGGGUGCCAGAGGAUCAAGGUGGUUGCUCCAGUCCGACCGAGAGUACCUCGGCCUGCAACAAGGUUGUGAGUGGUGAGGAUGCAACCAAAACAAGGAAGAAAGGAGGGAAGAAGGACAGAACCUCUGGUGAGAAUGGCAAGCAGUCAGUGCAGUGCUCUCUGUGCAGGAAGAGACUGUCCAGUCAGGCAGAGCUUGAACAGCAUAUGCAGGAGCUCCACAAGUUCUUCCGAUGUGAACUGUGCCCUUAUGAGACCUUGCAGGAGGACCAACUGCAGGCUCACAUUGAGAAGGUACAUCCUAUUGAUGAGGAAUCUAUCACCAAAGAAGUUUCUAUCAGUGAGGAAGGUAAAGGUGAGUUCCCAUGUGAACAAUGUGACCAGGUGUUCACCCAGGCCUGGUUUCUGAAAGCUCACAUGAAAAAGCAUCAGAACAGUCUGGACCAUGGGUGCCGGAUCUGCGGACGCCGCUUCCGUGAGCCCUGGUUCCUACGUAGCCACAUGAAGACCCACAACACCAAGGUAAAACCAAAGAGUGACACUUACCUUCCGACUACUGUCAAUGAGGUGGCGCAAGACGAGGCUAACUUGGUGAACGAAGUGUGUCUGUAUGAACUCUGUGCCAAGUGUGGGAACUUCUUCCACAACCGCAAGAGCUUGCUAUUGCACGAACAGGUCCAUAGAAGUGUUGAGCAGCCUCCUAAUAGUACUUUCCACAGUGAUAAGGACUUUGCAUCUGUCACCAAGACAAGCUUCUUGGAAUGCCUAAACUUGAAACCAGCAGGAAUUGGAGAGAACCCCGCUGAGGGAACUCUAGGGAAAAGAAUCCCGGAGCUUGAUCCAGUAAGUAGCUACCAGGCUUGGCAACUUGCCACCAGAGGCAAAGUGGUGGAGGUAUCCGAGAAGAGCCUGGGUUGGGAAGAGAGGUUAGCCGAUGCAGAUGUAGCGUACGACAGGGAAAAGGGCGAGUAUGUCUUGCUCAGACAGGACAAGCGGAAGAAAUCACUUGAUUCAACGCCAAGUAUCCCAACCAAGAAAAGGAGAGGGGCUGGGACCCAAGGCUCCAAUACAGAUCACCAGAGCAAUGGAGAAAGGAACGGCCAGGUCUCGACAGGUGAGCGAAGCCCAGAGAAUCUGAGUGACACUGAGUACCGCCCUACUUCUCGCCCUAGCCGUAAGAAUUCCCAGAAAACCUCAGAGUGCUUGGAGUGCGGAAAGGGCUUCCGCACACAGCAACAGAUGGUGAUCCACAUGCUCAUCAGACAUGGUGGCUUGGGUGAAACCAUUGGUGGAAAUGGACUGUUCCGUAAGGCAGCGUCCAGCCCAUCUAAAGCAGGCGAAUCAGCAGGACUCUUCAGGGAUCAAAAACGGACAGGGUUCGUUGGGGACACAGAUAAAAAGCCAUACACCUGUGAGCACUGUGACUUUUGCACCUCAGAGCCCUCGGCCAUUGCUGCCCAUGCCCAAACACAUCAUUUGGCAAUCAGGAACUGGGGCCAGAGGAGUGAUGCCUUAACCAGCUCACUCAGCCAAAGCCAACCUCAUCAAACUAACCACACAGGCUUCCCAAGGCUGAGAAAUGCCCUGCUGCAGCAGCCCUAUUGGCCCUACACCAACUCAACUCACCUGGAGAGGGCAGCACUGAGUGAUGCCGCAUCAAAGACUGAGGAGGAAAAGAAUAAGGGGUCAGAAGAAAGCAGCACCACGGAUAAAACGGAUACUAAUCUGCUUAAUCUCUCCAUGGAGGUGGAUAACGAAAAAGAAGGGGUUUCGUCUGUGUUACUGAAAAGUUUGGUUCGACACCAGUGUCCUUAUUGCUCCUAUGCAACGCUCUAUCCAGAAGUUCUCUGGAUCCACCAACGAAUUGCACACAAAGUUGACAGCACCACGUUGGUGCCUAAGUGGGCCCCGAGAAAUGGCCUCAAGGGGCCCAAAUCGCUUCUUGAUUUCAAGAGACGCACUGGGCCACCUCCGUUUCUGGAGGGUAAGGACUGCCCCUCUCUGCCGCUGAUGAGAACGUCCCGAACGAUUCCACCUGAUUGCAGCCCUGGAGGGAUGAAGAAAUCAAAACCUCCGACGAGUAGUGUAGAGUCCAGCUCUUUGCAAAGCAAGAGCUGGCAUGCAGCCACAGCACCGGGGGCAUCAUCUCACUCGUCCAAACACAAGACCAGCAAGUCUAGGACAGAUGAGUUGGCAGGCAGUAAACACAAAGCAGACGUCCAUCAAAACAGUUCCUCGCGGCCUACGGCAAGUCCUCAGAAGACUGGAAAUCCAAAGACGGGAAGCAGAGUGAUAGAGAGUAGUCUGCUACCUCAAGAGGGACUUCAUUUUAUGCUCUCUAGCAAACACAAACUCUCAGAUCAGAGGAGCUCCAAAGCCCAUGCUCCUCAGAACCCCGGAAGGUCUGAUUCUCAAGCUCAGGAUACACCGUCCGUGGCUGGCUAUGACCCCUGGAGCAGACUUGGCUUGAGUGGUCCGUCCUCUCACUCCCAGUCCAAGAGACAGUCGACAACGGAUGGUCAAGAACCUGUGACGGACAUCCUGAGUUUCUUGAAGAACUGCAGUCCUCAUGAUAUAGCUGCCCUCUACCACCACUGGGGCUUCAACAACACCAUGGCAGAGCAAGCAGGGUUGGCGAGGUCAGGGUCUCAGCAGGGGGAAUAUGUGUGUCCAGUGUGCAGGAAGAGCUUCAACCAGCCCAGCCAUUACCGCACACACAUGAGAUCCCACACAGGUGAGCGACCUUUCCAGUGCCGAUACUGUCCUUACAGCGCCUCGCAGAAAGGUAACCUGAAGACCCAUGUCCAGACCGUGCACCGUCUAGCCUUCGACAACGCGCAGUACCCAGACAGGAGACUUCGCCAAGCCCCUACCAAUGAACCCACGGACCCUUCUGCAUCUCACUGAUCGUCCCCACCUCCUCAACACCAGUCCAUCAAAAAUGGUUCGUUGCACAAAUACGGCAUUUCGAGGAAGACUUAACUAUGUACGGCAUUGGAUUCGUUCACGUUUUUAGUUUAGUUCGACUUUUCGUGUUUCCUUUUUAUUUUCUCCCGACACAAAGCUCUAGAUUAAACCGAAAGGGGGGACACGUGUUUACACCUCCUUUAUCCAGAGGGCUAAAGCCUUGACAACACGAGGUCAGAGCUGAUGGAGUAUGACAGUGAGCUGCGUUCUCAAACCCAAGGACUUCGGCUGAUCCCCUAAACUUGAAAUGCUGCCUCCGAGUUCCCCGACUGACUAGUUGUUCAACGAAAUAGCCUUAGUGCGCGACGAGUGUAGUUUGUGCGUGCGUGUGCGAUUGUGUUUUCCACAUUCUACUUCUCAGGACUUGAGUUAGACGCAAUUCCAAAGCCUGCAUUCGUUCACACCAGUGUGUAACUGCACGCCAAGGAGACAUGCAGUGAAAUUCAUUACUUAGUUUUGCUGAUCAUAGCUAUAUAUAAAUAUAUAGUUGAGUGUGUUUUGUCACUGGUUGGGCAACACUUGGCACUAUCAUCAAAAUAUGUCCUCAACACUUUUGUAUUGUGUUAAACUUGGAAGUAUUUAUGUCAGCGCAGCUGUAAUGUUACAUAGGUUUCCGCUUGCCUCUUCCACUCUGAGGAGGUAAAGACACAUGCCAUAUUUUGCGUUAGUGUCAUCUGAUUGGUCCAACAAAGUCAAAAAUAUUAUUUGUGUCUGCGCUUACUUUUUUGAUGUAGCCUACACAAGUUUAAAUGUGUUUCUCUCUUUUUUUUUUUUUCUCUCUUCUGUCAAACAUGCCUCAGUGGAUUCUGAAUAACUGCAUCCCAAAAAAGAAAGACAACUGUUAAUGGCACAUCAGGUCUUAAAGCCAUGUUAAAAUACUUAAGUUUUUGAUGAAGGAUCUAUUUUAAUCUUAAAAUAGCAAGUUGUCUGUGUAAUCUUUUAAAUUAUUGCAUAAUAGAGAGACUAGUGAUUAGCGCGAGACUAGAUUGAGGGAUUUAGUGUGUUUUAUAAUGUUACUUCUAAAGCUUUAGAAUGCCAUAUUUUUUAGAGGUUGAAAAGAAAAUUCUUGGCCAUAUAUUUCUAUGAAUGUUGUAUAUGGUGAUUAGGUAUUUACGGAGAUAGCACAUCUGUGUACGUUUAAUUGCAUUCAGAUAUGUACAACAGUCAAAAUGAACAUUUAUCUAGAGCAUUUAUAUUGCCUAAAUCCUUGUGUUGGAAACUAAGCCAAGAAAACUUUUGUUUUAGACGAACCUGCGAUUUAAAUUUGUGUUGCUGCUCAGCAGUCAAACUGAAAUUCAUGUUGCAGGUUUAAACCCAGGAACUGAGAGUGAUUGUGAACGUGGUUCUAUCACCACUGCCCUUGAGCAAGGCACUUGGCCAUUGGUCGCUCUGGAGGGACUUCAUGUUCCUGCAAUUGAUGUCUUGGAAGUUGCAUUGGAUAAAAUGUGACUGCUAAUUGUAAUUUACUAACAGUAAAUCAACCUUAAAAUUUGUCCUAGGACACAAGAAACAUGAAUAGCUUUUCCUGUUAGCUUUUUACUAAAUUGAAACCCCUGAGUACUAGAGCAGAAGACCUAAGAAAACUAAAUAGCAUGUUACGAAUUAAUUUGCAAUUGGAUUGUUUUUUCUUUAUGUAACACUAUUAAUUUUGUGGUUUGAAUAGAAGUAGUAGUUGAAUGUAUGGAAUGUAUUUUGUGUGGUUAAAAGUUUUUUCUUCCCUCCACAUUUAUUUUGUUCAAUGAAGUACACGAAACCUGUUGACUGUCAUCCUCAGAUCAUCUCCAACUCAUUCAUUGUCCAUUGUUGAAGUUUUGAACCGUUUAAAUUAAACUUUACCCUUACUUUU